CUAUUAUGGUCCUACAGCGUGUGAGUGGAUCCGGUCAUCAGGACUCAGCACCGUUCCGGGCGGAACCAAUCCCCGGAGGUGUGGUCCCCGGCAGCAGCAGCAUGGACAGCGAUGAUGAGAACGUGGAGGAGGUGGUGGAAGGUCCGUUGGAUGACGACGGCCAGCCUCAUGGUUUCUGCACGGUGACCUAUUCAUCCAGCGAUCGAUUCGAAGGACACUUCACCCACGGAGAGAAGAACGGGAAGGGCAAGUUCUUCUUCUUCGAUGGAAGUGCCUUGGAGGGGUUCUAUGUGGACGACGCCCUGCAAGGUCAGGCGGUUUACACGUACGAAGAUGGAAGUGUCCUCAACGGGACGUAUGUGGACGGCGAGUUGAACGGUCCUGCUCAGGAGUUGGAUGGAGAGGGUCGGCUGGUGUUCAAGGGCCAGUACAAGGACAACAGCCGCUGUGGGGAGUGCUGGGUCUACUACCCUGACGGCGGCUGUGUGUUUGGCCAGGUGAAUGAGGACGGCGAGAUGACCGGGGACUCGGUGGCCUACGUCUAUCCGGACGGACGCACGGCUCUCUACGGAAGCUUCGUGGACGGAGAGCUGAUCGAAGCUCGUCUGGCCACCCUGAUCUCCAACCAGACUGGAAGGCCUCGCUUCGACAUCGCACCCAACAGUCCAGUUUACUCAUAUGACAAGUCCACAUCCAGCUGUAUAGCCACCCACCUUCUGCUUCCUGACCCCUACGAGAACCAAAGGGUGUUUGUUGCCGACUCGAUGAUCCGAGGAGCCGGUCAGGGUCUGUUCGCCAAGAUGGACGCUGAGGCUGACGCUGUGAUGUCAUUUUAUAACGGAGUACGCAUCACACACUCUGAGGUGGACAGCCGAGACUGGGCGCUGAACGGAAACACCAUCUCCCUGGAUGAGGACACCGUGAUCGACGUCCCUCAGCCGUUCGACCAGGCAGACCGAUACUGUGCAUCUCUGGGCCACAAGGCCAACCACUCCUUCACCCCCAACUGCAAAUACGAGCCGUUUGUCCAUCCACGUUUUGGCCAGAUCAAGUGCAUCCGAACCCUGAGGGCCGUGCAGAAAGACGAGGAGCUGACGGUUGCCUACGGUUACGAUCACGAGGCGACCGGAAAGAACGGCCCGGAGGCUCCUGAUUGGUACAAGCGGGAGCUGGAGGCGUUCCAGCAGAGACGGGCGGCUCCCACCGGCCAAUGAGAACACAGACAAAUACCUCUGGACAAUGAAACCCCGCCUCCACCCGUGCUGCCACCUUACGAGACUCCUGGAGCUUUGUCACAGCUGCAAACCCCCGCUGUAAACGUGUGAGAAGUUGUUCUUAAUGUGCUAUUUAAAUUGUAAUUCAGUAUGAAUGGAGCAACACAAGAACUAUGCAAAAACCAAAUGAUCUUGGAGGAGACAUGUGUGGAGUGUUCCAAGUGCUUGGACAUUUAGGAUUUGACACAGACUCUCAGCGUUUCUUUCUGUUUACUGUCUGUAUCUGUGUUUAACUGCAGAUAACCUAACAGGGCUUCCCUUGGUGUUGAGUUUAACGUCACUAUUUGGACUGCACAGUGUUUGUAUGAUGUGUUUAAACCACUGAGCUGACCUAAAGUUAUACUUGAAUUUAGCUGGCCCAGUCAAAUCUAACUUUAUUGACCUGUUCACUUAAAGACAUCUAAACAUCUCCAUAUACAUAUAUAUAUAGACUAAUUUAUUGAAGUGAUCUGAAAGUGGUUGACUACAGGAUGCUUCUGAUGUGAUUUCUAACUGAAAGACUCUGGGACAAAACGGUAGAAGAUCUACUGUGAACGUCAACUGUGAGCUUGUUGCGCUUUUCUAGCCUAAUAAUCGGUGUUCACAUCCUGUCAAAAAUAAAAAAAACAAAUGUCCAAAAAUCA